AUGCCGCAGAUUCUCAAGAUCGCAGCCGCGCAAUCUCGCACCCUCUCUACAACAGCCCAGACACUCUCAGCCCUUGAAAAUACCACCAAACGCGCUGCAUCUCAGGGAAUAGAUAUCCUCUUGUUUCCGGAAGCGUACUUGGGCGGAUACCCUCGCACUUGCUCGUUCGGUGCUGCGGUCGGCGCACGUGCGCCCGAAGGUCGCGAGCAAUUCCUGCAUUAUUUCCACGAUGCUGUCGAUCUAGGAGACACUCCAAGUGGCGCAGGCGAAGAAUGGAUUGACCGGAAGCUUGAAUUACCAAAGGGAAAGGAGUAUAGAGGUGAUGGCACGAGAGAAGAGCUGGAGAGGAUCGCCAAGGAAACGGGUGUGUUUAUCGUAACAGGACUGGUAGAGAAAUCUGGAGGAACACUGUAUUGCGGAUCCGUUUUCGUAGAUCCAAAGAGAGGUGUUUUGGGUAAGAGGCGGAAGGUGAUGCCGACAGGCAGUGAGCGCUUGGUAUGGGGGAUGGGCAGUGCGAGUACGCUAAGGGCAGUAACGACUGAGAUCAAGGGCGUGAAGCUGUGCAUGGGUUCGGCGAUUUGCUGGGAAAACUACAUGCCAUUGCUGAGGCAGAGUCUAUACAGCCAGAACGUCAAUCUUUGGUUUGCGCCGACAGCAGAUGCGCGCGACACUUGGGCUGCGUUGAUGCGGACGGUUGGGUGCGAGGGUCGUUGCUUUGUUCUCAGUGCAAAUCAGUGCGUCAAGAAGAAGCAUCUUCCAGAAUGGAUAACAGGCGGAUCAAAAAAUGAAACAGCCCGCUCACCGAGUAUCGCAAGUAGCAGCGGAGUCGGUAGAACGAUCCUGCAACAAAGUGGUGGUGCUGCGCGCCGGCGAAGCACCAUUACCAGGACAGAGGACGGCCAUGAGAUCUGCUUACCACUUCCCAAGGGACAAGAUGCAGCGACUAACGGCGACUCAUCAGCUAUCGACUCCAUAGAAGAAACCUCCAGUAUCAAGCCGCAGCCUUUCUCGCAACUUCGGUCAUGGUCCGCAGACGGUGAAGAGUUUGUCUCUCGUGGUGGCUCAAUGGUCGUAUCGCCUCUUGGUGAGGUGCUAGCUGGACCAAUUUGGGAAAAGGAAGAUGAGCUCCUUGUCACAGAAGUUGAUUUUGAAGAUUGUGAACGAGGCAGACUUGAUUUUGACUCUGCGGGAAGCUAUUCGCGCAUGGAUAGCUUCAAACUCAGUGUCGAGGGUCUUGACCUGAAUCCGCCGCCAAUGUAA